AGCACCGCCCGCUCGGGGAUCCGGGCCCGGGGCCGAGUGAGGCGCCGCUGGGGGGCCGCGGGCGUCUCCUGGGCUCUGCUUGUAUGAGUCGGUCCCCCAAGGCUAGUCCACUCUGGCUGUACUGGACAAGUGGAAGGCUUGGACCCUUGAAACUGAGAACUAGAUCCUCUGCCAGGGCCCACCAAGGUGAAGGCGGAAGACCCCCUGAAAGGCUUUCAAGGCAGGCGCCUUCCUUCUGUGGCACCUUUGUUGUGACCGGAAAUCUUGGAAGAUGUAUACAAGUCACGAGGAUAUUAGGUAUGAUUUUGAAGAUGACCCCAAAGAUAAGAAGACAUUCAAGCCCCACCCCAACAUUGAUGGCGGAUGGGCUUGGAUGAUGGUCCUCUCCUCGUUCUUCGUGCACAUCCUGGUGAUGGGCUCCCAGAUGGCCCUGGGCGUCCUCAACGUGGAGUGGCUCGAGGAGUUCCACCAGAGCCGUGGGCUGACGGCCUGGGUCAGCUCCCUCAGCAUGGGCAUCACCCUGAUCGUGGGGCCUUUCAUCGGCUUGUUCAUUAACACCUGUGGGUGUCGCCGGACGGCCAUCAUCGGGGGGCUGGUGAACUCCCUGGGCUGGGUGCUAAGCGCCUACGCUGCAAACGUGCAUUACCUCUUUAUUACCUUCGGAGUGGCAGCUGGCCUCGGGAGCGGGAUGGUCUACCUCCCGGCCGUGGUCAUGGUGGGGAGAUACUUCCAGAAGCGCCGCGCCCUGGCGCAGGGCCUCAGCACCACCGGCACCGGCUUCGGCACCUUCCUGAUGACCGCGCUGCUCAAGUACCUGUGCGCGGAGUACGGCUGGCGCAGCGCCAUGUUCAUCCAGGGCGCCGUGGCCCUCAACCUGUGCGUCUGCGGGGCGCUCAUGCGGCCCCUGGCCCCCGGGGCGGGCGGCCCCCACCCGGGAAGGGAGGGUCCCCCGGUGCUCCCGGCGCGCUCCACGGAAUCCGUCGGGUCGGCGGGACGUCUGGGCCGAGCAGGCGAGCAGGAGGGCGCGCCCGGCCUCGAGGAGGCCCUCGCGGACCCGCAGGCCCAGGCGUGCCAGGAGGCGGCCGGGCGCAGGGCGGACGUGCGCGCCCUGGGCAUCCUGAAGCGCGUGAGCCAGCUGACCCUGAGGGUCCGCAGGGGCUUCGGCGACUGGCACGCGGGCUACUUCGGGACGGCCUCUCUCUUCACCCACCGAAGGUUCGUGGCCUUCGUUCUGUGGGCGCUGUUUGCGUACAGCAGCUUUGUCAUCCCUUUCAUCCACCUCCCAGAAAUCGUCAACUUGUAUAAUUUGUCGGAGCAGAACGAUAUUUUCCCUCUGACCUCCAUUAUAGCAAUAGUUCACAUCUUCGGGAAAGUGAUCCUGGGCAUCGUGGCCGACUUGCCCUGCAUCAGCGUCUGGAACGUCUUCCUGAUGGCCAACUUCACCCUGCUCGUCAGUAUUUUCGUGCUGCCGCUGACCCACACGUACGCCGGCCUGGCCAGCAUCUGCGCGCUCAUCGGCUUUUCCAGCGGCUAUUUCUCCCUGAUGCCCGUGGUGACGGAAGACUUGGUGGGGAUCGAGCACCUGGCCAACGCGUAUGGCAUCAUCAUCUGUGCCAACGGCAUCUCGGCUCUGCUGGGACCACCUUUUGCAGGGUGGAUCUACGACAUCACACAAAAAUACGAUUUUUCCUUCUAUAUAUGUGGCUUGCUUUAUAUGGUAGGAAUACUCUUUUUACUCAUUCAGCCAUGUAUUCAAAUUAUAGAACAAUCCAGGAAAAAAUACGUGGAUGGUGCCCAUGCGUAGUGUUAUGUAUGUUUCAUGGAAGGUUUCUUUGUAC